CCCUCGGUGCUACAGCGCUCUUUCGACAUGUAUACAAGCCGCGCCCAUUGUGAGGACGAGGCGUGCGCCCAUGGAGCGCAGAUAUGCAGGGUAUGGCAGUGACAAGAUAGCUGAGAAGCAAUAUCAACAUUGUAUUAUAAUAGAGGAUGAAUUGGAAAGUCAUUGUCGAUCUAGCCAGAUUGUGCUCAUGCAGUGUAAAUCAAAUAUUAAUCAUUCAGUUAAAUAUUGUAGUUUAUUAUGCUAAUUAGCUUAAUCUAUAGAUAUCACAGUAUGUAUGGGUGUUUAUCUUAAAAUUACAUUUAUUACUAUCUAAGUAUUCCUUCUUCAGAUUUCGUGCUUUAAACUACAUAUAAACCUAACCCUAAAUAGCUGUUGAAGUAACUCGAGCUAAAGGUAAAAUAAUUGAAUUGGCAUAAAUAUCUUGAAAUUCAUUAAAGCAAUAAUUUAGACCUCAAAGCGCCAGUGAAGACCGCGAACAUAAGGCUUCAACAAACAGAAUUGUCGUAAACGCGAGAGAGAUUUGACUAAACGAUAUUAAAACUCCACCAAAAUAAAGGUUGUUUUGAAAUCUCGGAAUUUCUGUUUUCUCUCUGCUGCGGAAGACAACAAUUUUUAAUAUCGUUUACGGUGGUGCUAACGAGGUCUUGCCGAAGCCGACGUUGGUUAGCUGCUGCGAUUACAGCCGUUUAUCGGAAUCUUCGUGCUGAAUUCUUUACGUAGAGCACGGCCUUCUUCUGGCAAGAAGAUGUCCGAGAUGAACGUGAAAACAGCAGGUAAGGCAGGUGAAACGUCUAACGGUAAAUCAGGAGAUCAAAUCUCCAAAAAUACCGAAAUCCCCCCAUCUCACCCCUCUUGCUCAUACAGUAAAUCUCCCCUUGAUAACCAAGACCCAAAGACCGUAAUCACGUACGAACCGAAUAGUUGUCGUACCUGUAACAAGGCCGAUAACAGCCUCAUGGUCCAGUGUGACUCGUGUGAUGAUUGGCAUCAUUUUGACUGUGUAGGAGUGACCAGAGAGGUCGAACAAAAUAGCUGGAAUUGCUGUAGAUGCGUAACCGCGGCGGCGUACCAGAAGAAGUCGAACCCGAAGUUGGAAACCCUGAAGUCACGGAAGCCCAAGAAAGUCAGCACGAAGACGAAGGAGAAGAAACCGUGCAAAUCGGCCAAGCACUCCGUGGACAAGAAAAAGGCGCAGAAGGUGGACAAGGUGACUACGAGUGGUAGGCAGCGGAGUAAGGUAAUUGAGCAGGAAUUUGGUACGACGAGGACCAACAAAAUACCGGAGGUCUCUUCGAAAUCAGGAAAGGAUAAACCAGUAGCUGGAACAAAGGACGCCAAAUCAAUUAUGUCGACGUCAUCAAGAAGGUCGGAGCGGAUGGUGUUAGAAGUGCAGCUGAAGAAACUUGAAGCAGAGCAAACCCUCAUGGAAGAAGAGAUGAAGAGGAAGCGAGAGUUGUUGGAGAGGAAAUUCAGUUUGCUGGAGGAAAUAGCCGAAGUUGCAUCGAACCGAAGUGUACGUUCCUGCGUAGCUGAUGACCAGCAAGAUCCAGCGGAAAAGGUGUCAUCGUGGUUACAGGACCAAGAAACGGACGAAAGUUCACGGUCAGACGAUUCAAGAUCAACAUCCGAUACAAGUGAGGAUUCGAGCGUUGAUGACGAGACGAGCGAGGAAGAAUCAUCCACUGGACUCCCGGAAGAUGACAGCGACGAGAGUGAACAACAUCGGUGGUCCAGAGCAAAUCAUGUCCUGCACUAG